AUGACUGGACAGGCCGCAGCUGCUGGAGGAACAAGCUCAGGAUACAGCGGAGCUCCGCACCGGUCGUACGAGGAUCGCACAGCCCACAGAGAACAAGCCAUGAACAACAUUCGCGAGACAUCGCAGCAGGACCGCCGCGUCUACGUUGGCAACCUGUCCUACGACGUCAAGUGGCAUCACCUCAAGGAUUUUAUGAGACAGGCUGGAGAGGUGCUUUACGCCGACGUGCUGCUUCUUCCCAAUGGAAUGUCGAAGGGAUGCGGUAUUGUGGAGUAUGCCACGAGGGAGCAAGCUCAGCAAGCUGUAGCGACACUCAGCAACCAGAACUUGAUGGGCAGACUCAUCUACGUCCGAGAGGAUCGUGAAGCCGAGCCUCGCUUUGGUCCUCCGGGUGGUGGUGCUGGCCGCGGCGGAUUUGCUGGUGGCAUGGGCGGCCCGGGCUUUAAUGCUGGCGGUGGCUUCAACCAAGGCAUGGCUGGCGGCGGCGGCCGUCAGAUUUACGUGUCGAAUCUGCCCUUCAACGUCGGCUGGCAGGAUCUGAAGGAUCUUUUCCGACAGGCUGCUCGCGUCGGUGGCGUCAUCCGCGCCGAUGUCCACCUCGGUCCUGACGGCCGACCCAAGGGGUCCGGCAUCGUGGUUUUCGAGUCCCCUGAAGAUGCGCGCAACGCUAUCCAGCAGUUCAACGGCUACGACUGGCAGGGCCGCAUGCUCGAGGUCCGUGAGGAUCGCUUUGCUGGUCCUGCCAUGGGCGCCGGGGGCUACGGCCGUGGCGGUUUUGCUGGCGGACGCGGUGCCUUUGGAGGCGGCUAUGGCCGAGGUGGAUUUGGCGGAGGUCGCGGCGGGUUCGGUGGCUACGGUGGUCGCGGCGGUUAUGGAGGCGCUGGCGGUGGUCCCGCUGCCUACGAUGCCGGCAACGCCUCGGUCCCCCCCAACCCCUUCACCGAUAAUGCUACCGCCGGUGUCGAGAAGUGCGACACGAUCUAUGUCCGCAAUCUCCCCUGGUCGACCAGCAACGACGACCUGGUUGAGCUCUUCUCCACCAUCGGCAAGGUUGAGCAAGCCGAGAUUCAGUACGAGCCGAGCGGUCGGUCUCGCGGCAGCGGUGUGGUCCGCUUUGAUAACGCAGACACUGCCGAGACAGCCAUUGCCAAGUUCCAGGGCUACCAGUACGGUGGUCGUCCUCUCGGCCUGAGCUACGUCAAGUACAUCACCCCUGGCGGUGGUGACAGCAUGGAUACCGAUCCCCACGGCGGCCUCACUCAGGAUCAGAUUAUGUGA